CAAACUUAAUCGUAGCAUUUCCCUUCUACCACUCAUAGCAUUAGCAGCUAGUCCAAUACCAAUCACCACCUCCGCCCCCCUCGCACCGCCGGCUGCUAAUCCUUUGUGUUUAUCGUAGAAGAGCAAAGAUGGUGACAGUCGAGGAAGUUCGCAAGGCCCAACGUGCUGAAGGGCCCGCCACCAUCUUGGCCAUCGGCACGUCAACUCCACCAAAUUGUGUUGAUCAGAGCACGUACCCGGACUACUAUUUCCGUAUCACAAAUAGUGAGCACAAGACUGAGCUCAAAGAGAAAUUCAAGCGCAUGUGUGAAAAAUCCAUGAUCAAGAAGCGGUACAUGUACCUGACAGAAGAGAUUCUGAAAGAAAACCCCAAUGUAUGUGCAUACAUGGCACCUUCAUUAGAUGCUAGGCAAGAUAUGGUGGUGGUUGAGGUACCAAAGCUGGGCAAGGAAGCAGCCACGAGGGCUAUCAAGGAAUGGGGCCAGCCCAAGUCAAAGAUCACCCACCUUGUCUUUUGCACCACUAGUGGUGUGGACAUGCCUGGGGCUGACUACCAGCUCACCAAGCUUUUGGGCCUCCGCCCAUCCGUUAAGCGCCUGAUGAUGUACCAACAAGGUUGCUUCGCCGGUGGCACCGUGCUCCGGGUGGCCAAGGACUUGGCAGAGAACAACAAAGGCGCCCGUGUCCUCGUCGUGUGCUCGGAGAUCACUGCCGUUACCUUCCGCGGACCUAGCGACACUCACCUAGACAGUCUCGUGGGCCAAGCAUUGUUUGGUGAUGGUGCUGCAGCUGUUAUAAUUGGUGCGGACCCAGUGCCCGAGAUCGAGAAGCCCAUGUUUGAGCUAGUCUCAGCAGCCCAAACAAUCUUGCCAGACAGUGAUGGGGCUAUCGAUGGUCACCUGCGUGAGGUUGGGCUUACAUUUCACCUCCUCAAAGAUGUUCCCGGGCUUAUCUCCAAGAACAUUGAAAAGAGCCUGGUUGAGGCAUUCCAACCCCUGGGAAUCUCAGACUGGAACUCCCUUUUCUGGAUCGCUCACCCUGGUGGCCCAGCUAUAUUGGACCAGGUAGAAAUCAAGUUGGCCCUCAAGCCUGAGAAGCUACGAGCCACGAGGCACGUUCUUUCAGAAUAUGGCAACAUGUCAAGUGCUUGUGUGCUAUUCAUUUUGGAUGAGAUGAGGAAGAAGUCCAGAGAAGAUGGGCUCAAGACCACAGGAGAAGGGCUCGAGUGGGGAGUCCUGUUCGGAUUCGGACCUGGACUCACCGUUGAGACAGUGGUGCUCCACACUAUCUCUGCUUAAAGAGGCUUCAACGCGUAUUGCCCCCUUGCAUCGUCAUCAUCAUGUAAUCUGGCUCCACUUUCCCUGGCAUUUUUAUCUUUUAAGUUUAUUUGGGUUUCAUUUUCUUUCUCUUUUAAUCUCCUUUGAAUUUGUAUGGUUAUAGUGAGAGUCAAACUCUCUGAUGCUAUGGGUGUGUUGUAGACUGGAAGCUUGAAUGCCUAUAGAAUUCAUGUACCAACUUAUAUUAAUGGCAAUAAUAAGUUCCCAUUUCAUCA